GUAUAUGGUGGCUUGCAUUUCAAAUAUCACACCUAACUAGAACUUCAAAUUCUAUAUUGCAAAGAAAGAAGGAGAAAAAAGAGAGAAGAAAAUGGCAGCUACUGGCAGAGAUGAAGCUGUUUCAUCCUCAUACAAGGCAAAAGGCGAUAGACUCGGUGAGCUAAAAGCUUUUGACAAAACCAAGGCUGGUGUCAAAGGACUUGUUGAUUCUGGGAUUACAGAGAUUCCUCGUAUAUUCUAUCACCCAUCUGAUCAUAAUUUGAAGCAGAACUCAGUUUCUGGAGAUCAUACCAAGUCAAAUAUUCCUGUCAUAGACCUCGGAGGACUAAUUAGUAACGAUGCGGUUCAAGCGCGAAAGGAGAUUGUUGAGAGAGUACGAGAGGCAUCUGAGACAUGGGGUUUCUUCCAAAUUGUCAACCAUGGAAUCCCUGAGAGUGUUCUUGAGGAUAUGAUAGACGGGGUUCGUCGGUUUCACGAGCAAGAAACUGAGGCGAAGAAAACAUUUUUUACGCGAGAUCUUACGAGGGCAGUGAUCUACAACAGCAACUUUGAUCUAUAUAGUGGGAUUUCAACGAAUUGGAGGGAUUCGUUUGUUUGUACUAUGGCUCCUAAUGCUCCAAACCUUGAAGAGAUGCCAAUAAUAUGCAGAGACAUAUUGAUAGAGUACUCAAAGCAAGUAAUGAAAGUGGGAACUUUGGUGUUUGAGUUGCUCACGGAGGCUCUAGGGUUGAAUCCAAAUUACUUGAAUGCCAUAGGUUGCGCCGAGGGCCUAAUGAUUUUAGGCCAUUACUAUCCCGCAUGCCCGCAGCCAGAGUUAACUUUAGGCACGACCAAGCACGCUGACAAUGACUUCGUCACGGUGCUUCUUCAGGAUCACAUUGGUGGUCUCCAAGUUCUACAUGACAAUGACUGGAUUGACGUACCACCUCAGCCCGGAGCUCUAGUGGUGAACAUUGGAGAUCUUCUGCAGCUCAUAUCAAACGACAAAUUCAAGAGCAUCGAGCAUAGAGUACUGGCGAGCCGCGUGGGUCCAAGAAUAUCUGUUGCAAGCUUUUUCAGUACUAACUUGCUGCCAACAACAAAAUUGUAUGGACCCAUUAAGGAGUUAUUAUCAGAAGACAAUCCUCCAAAGUACAGGGAAACCACAAUGAGGGACUAUGUUGCCUAUUUCAAUAAAAAAGGCCUCGAUGAAACUUCUGCCUUGGAUCAUUUCAGGCUUUGAAGUUGACAAAGCCAAGGCAGAGAAGAAUGAUUUCCUUUACUCAACAUAUUCAAUAAUAAAAUGUGACGAUUUUCAUACACAGUGAUUUCCUUAUCAAUUUGUUUUACGGGACAAAUAAAUUGGAAUGUUGUUUGAAAUCUGUUUUUGUUUCUAUAGUACUCUCAGUUAUUGUCUUCAGUAUUUGAUCUCA